CGCUUGUGCUUGUGUGUGCAAGUCGGCUGAAAAACUUGAAAACGAUAACGAGCGCUUGGAACGCUUAUUCCCCCUUUGUCAGAGGGGUUUUGCUUUCGUUUGCACAUCCUGCUGAUUGUGUGUGCGAUUCACUUUGCAUCAUCUCUCGCAUCUCGUGGAAUUGGUGUCUAUUGUAGGUAGGUACGAGAACGAUUAUGAUGAGGGUAACUAUUAUCGUCAAACAAUAAGCCACAGAACUCCCUUCGCUCUAUUUCUCACACAUUGCUUCGUACUUGGCAAACCGAGGCGCUUAUACGCGCGUAUCGGUCGUCGGGUUUCCCUUCGGCGCAAUACAUUCGCACAACCGAAUCGUCCCCAAAACAAAGUGUCCCUGCAGAUUCUCCCUUCGGGCUUAGAGCAAGUUGGACAAAUAAUAGCGGAAAAAAGCCUUGCCCGGGCCUCUCACGCCUCAGUCCCAGUCAGUGUAUGUGUCUCGAGCGUACCUACCUAUUUGAUUGCGGCGAAAGAGCAUUAAGCAGCCGGGUCUCGCAAAUAUCUGCACCGCCAAACGAAGGGGGAUCUAAUUUUAGCAUUUCUAGUUCGGUUCGCUCGUCGACGACGGCCAUUACGCGCAAUCAGUUCGGUUCGGUUUAAUCAUGGAAUCGCUUAGUGCCGAAACGCGGAGUGAAAUAUACGAAAAAUUGUGGACACGGAUGCCGCGGUUGAACCCGGGACCGAUGUCCAGCUUCCGGAUCGACGAUUUCAUCCAACUCAUCAAGGGGCUGCCGAUAAUCUACAAUCGGCUGGAUAAGCACAACAAACAGGAGUACAUCGAUACAUGGGAUCGGUUGGAAGCCAUACUGAAAACGCCAAAGAAAUUCCUGAUGAUGAAAUGGAAGGGCCUACGAGAUAACUUUCGUGUUGAACUGAAGAAAGAAUACUUCUCUCCGCCGGAUAACCGAUAUAUCUCCAAAUGGGUUCACUACAAAAAGCUCUCGUUCCUUCGAGAUCAGGUUCUGGCCACAUUGGACCAGAAGCUAGAAAGCGACAGCCACGACGAGUUGAACCAAAUAAUGCAAUUCGUUCAGAGCGCCACCCACGAGGUCCCGCCAACCACCGCCGAAUCCCGUGCCAACGAACAUUCGUACGCAAACAGUGACAUCGAUCCUCGGGAGUUCAAAAAGGUUAAGGAAGAACGUGAGGAAUCCCGCGACGCUGAUGCCUCGGAUGAUGGCGAGUUCUAUUUCAGCCACUUCCAAGAACCGGAUCACGAACCUCGCCGACAGAACAAUCUACCGGAAAUCACAAUCACGUCCAAACAAAUCCCCACUCCGCCGAUAAAUCUCCAGCAGCGAAAACGUCCAUCUGUAAGCUCCCAGGAAUCUCCGGUCCCACCGGCCAAGGUCCCUUCCAAAUCCCCAGCAGGAAUCCCCCACGACGAUGACUAUCACUUCCUGAUGAGCAUCCAUCCGUACCUGAAGCAGCUGCCGCUACCGGUCAAGCUCAAAGUUCGCUUGCAAAUGCAGCAGGUUCUGUUCAACGAGCUGAUGAAGCAACCGCCGAUCGUCGACGAAGAGGACUAGGAAGGAACGUCCACCGAAAGGGUCCCAUUCUCAGUAUAGUAUAGUUGUUAAGAUGUGCCAUAUACGGAUCGAACCGAAAGCCAAUGAUCGAUGAUCUCUCUCUUUUUUUAUCUCGCUUCUUUUGAUUGUAAUGAAUUCGUUUAAGACUUGGAUUUAGUUGUAGAUGAGCCUUUCGUGCGCAAAUAUAAAUAGAUUCCCUUCGAUUGGGAAUCUAUCAGAAGCUG